UGCCCUCCAACAGACCGAAAUGGCCGUGCAAGAGAACACGGCUAAAAUCCAAAUGCGGCUCCUCGUAGGAAUAUCAAUUGUUGCCUGUAUUUUGUCCAUCUCCUGCGAUGCUCGAGUUCAUACCUAUAAGCGUGUCGGAGCGGGGUUAGACGUGGUGCUCGACAAUGGCAGUGCGGAAGAGCUGUGGUUCAGUCAAAGAUUGGACCAUUUCAACGGCGCUGACAACAGAGUUUGGAAACAAAGGUACUUCGUAAAUGACAGCUUCUUUCAACCGAGUGGUCCAGUGUUUCUCAUGAUUGGCGGGGAGGGUCCAGCUAACCCUGCAUGGAUGACAUUCGGAACCUGGCUUACAUACGCUCAGAAACUUGGGGCCUUGUGCUUGAUGCUGGAGCACCGUUUCUACGGCAAGAGUCAUCCCACGGAAGAUCUGAGUACAGAGAACCUGCGCUACCUCAGCAGCCGACAGGCUCUGGCAGACUUGGCACACUUCCGCACGGUCAUUGCAGCAGAACGGGGGCUGACCAACAGCAUGUGGGUGGCAUUCGGUGGCUCAUACCCGGGGUCCCUGGCCGCCUGGUUCCGGCUGAAGUACCCACACCUUGUCCAUGCUUCUGUGGCAACCAGUGCACCUGUGCACGCAACAGUCAACUUCCCAGAGUACCUGGAAGUGGUGAGACGCUCUCUCGCUGCUGAAAAUGUGGAAUGCCCCCUGUUGGUAAAGAAUGCCUCUGACACCCUUGUGCAGCGCCUACAAGACCCAAAGACCUACGAAAACAUCUCCAAGGACUUCAACCUGUGUGAGAAAUUGCAAGUCCAGACAGACAUGGACUCUGCUUACUUCCUGGAGACGCUGGCUGGGAACUUCAUGGACGUGGUCCAGUACAACGAGGACAACAGGGAGUUUGAGGGUGUUGUUGGGACCAAUAUCACCAUCAAGGUGCUCUGUGGGGUGAUGGCAGAUGCAUCUCUGGGAGAUCCCUACGACAGGUAUGCUGCUGUGGCCCGCCUCAUGCAGAAGACCUUUUCCCAAAAGUGCCUGGAUGCCAGCUACACAAACUACCUGCGGGACAUGAGGAACACCUCAUGGAGUGGGCCUGCAUCUGGGGGAGGACGACAGUGGGUGUACCAAACCUGCACGGAGUUCGGGUUCUACCAGAGCACUGAUUCUCCCAACCAACCUUUCAGUGGCUUCCCUCUGCCGUACCACUUGAAGCAGUGUGGGGAUAUGUAUGAUCCCUCACUGUCCAAAUCAACAGUCACUGAUGCUGUGCUGCAGACCAAUGAAUACUACGGUGGCUACGACAUCCGUGCAACUCGCAUAGUCUUCCCCAACGGGUCCAUCGACCCUUGGCAUGCACUGGGGAUCACCCAAGACAUCAGUGACGACCUGCCUGCGGUCUUCAUACAUGGUACCGCCCACUGUGCAAACAUGUACCCAGCAAGGAGUCAGGAUCUCCCUCAGCUGGCGCUGGCUCGAGACCACGUCUACCUGCUUUUGCAGAAGUGGCUGAAGCAGUGAGAACACUCCGGAAGUC